AUAGGUGAAAGGCAGGAGAGAAAGGAGGGGGUUCGUUUCUUCAAUUGGUUUUACAGCAGUCGUAAGUGAAGACGCAGAGCUGGCGCGACAGAAGCUGGAAGUGGAGGAGGAGGCGGCCGCAGCAGCGGAGGGGCUCCGGCUCUGCCCAGUGGCCAGUUCAAGCUACGAAAUGAGGCCACAGCAGCCGCCUGUUGCUAGCAAGGUUUUUGUCCAGCGAGACUACAGCAGUGGCACCAGGUGCCAGUUCCAGACCAAGUUCCCUCCAGAAUUGGAGAACCGGGUUGACAGGCAGCAAUUUGAAGAAACUGUGCGAACACUAAACAAUCUUUAUGCAGAAGCAGAGAAGCUUGGGAGCCAAUCAUAUCUUGAAGGUUGCCUGGCAUGUUUAACUGCCUACACUAUAUUCUUGUGCAUGGAGACACAUUAUGAAAAGGUUCUGAAGAAAAUUGCCAAGUACAUUCAGGAACAAAAUGAAAAGAUCUACGCCCCACAAGGACUCCUUCUGACUGAUCCAAUUGAAAGAGGACUAAGAGUUAUUGAAAUUACCAUUUAUGAAGACAGAGGUGUGAGCAGUGGAAGAUAAGCUAGUGUUCUCCAAGGGUCCAGUGUGUUCCAGUAAGUUCCCUACUUCCUCUUUUAAUGCAUCAUUCCUCUCUGCCACCACCAAAUCUAUGGUGCCAUCUACCAUAUGGAUUAACUUCUUGAACUCCUGCUCCUUCAGAAGCUGCUGGCUGGGCUGGCCAGCAUCCAUUUUGUGUCAUCAUGGUAACGUUUAUGCGGUGGUGCUGCCCAAGUCAUUAGACUUCUCCUUUGAAGCUUACAGCUGUGAAUGACCUCCAUGGACUCUGUAAGGAGUCUCCUGAGAACAGUGUGGUUCCUUUGUGGGUGCUGGACUUGUUGUCCACUUUAUUCAGAAUGCAGCAGCAGCAAACAGCCUAGGCAACUGAGCUUCUGAAAAUGCAGCUUCACUCACUUGAGCCUCAGUAUGGUGUACCUCCAUCGUUCAAAGCGACUCAAGACAAAGGAAUUGGUUGGCAAGAAAAAACUAAUGAAAAGGGCUAUCUUAAUGCUUACCUAAGAGCUGGUGUAAUCUUUGGAACACUUGAGCCUCUUGCUUCGUCUUUCCAGACCUUGAGAGCAGACCGUCCAUCGCUUCUUUUGUUAGAUGUGAGGAUGUGAUGAUUAAAAUCGAUGCUGUACCAGUAACUGUAACUAUCCCUGCUCUCCGCCCCUUCUCAGUGUUGAAUGUGUGAAAUAGGUAAUAAACAGCUUUCUCAUCUUUGUUAUAAGUUACAUUUUUAGAGCUGGUAACUCAACUAGAAAUGGUGUUCUGAUAGUGCUUCGUUUCCUCCUGCAAACCGCUGAAAAGUACUUUUUUGCAGUACAGGGUAGUACUUCCUCUUGCGUUCAACAUUCCUCCAGAAAUGCUUGUGAAAACGUAUGGAACAUUAGUCUUUGGAGUAAAUACCUUCUGCUGAAUCAAGUUGGUUUGAUAUAUUUUACCUGGGGGGUGGGGGUUGUUCAUUCCCUCUCCCUUUAUUCAAAGUGGGUGCUUUGGUGUAUAAGCUUAGUAGAAGCUAGCAGUGACACUCUGCUGCAUGGGAGCACCAUCCCUUCCCAUGCCAAGGUACUAAAGGACUUAUCAAACAGGAGAGCUUUCAAAACAAUAGUUGGCUUAAGAGUGAGGCAAGAGAUGCCAAUACCAGAUCAAGGUCUUUGGGCUGAUUACUCUUCAAAUACUGCUCCUAGCUGGUUUCUUACCUUCCCCUCUAAAUAUCUGUUCAAUAUUUUAAUUGUAUAGAUACUUGUUUUUUUCUAAUCUGUAACAGUGUUUUGCCUUUUGCACCCGUUACAAUCAUUUUUUCAGAAACUAAUGAAUGGAAUAGUAAUGUUUUUCUUAAAUAAACUGUCAUUUGCUAUCAGUGACUUGAAUACAGCAAUUUCUUUGUUAUGCAAUUGAAAAUGACAUUUUGUGGAAAUUCAAGGUAUCAUCUACAAAUUAAACCAAAGUACAGUAUCGUAAA